UCAGUGCUGGCUCAAUGUGCAGCAGUACUCUGUAUGGCUGAGACAGACAGAGGGCUUUGGAAUGAGAGAGGCCCUUCUGAAGAAAGAGUUAGAGAUAGUAGAGAGCUAUGCUGGGUUCACUAGCAGUCUGUUGGAUCCAGCUGGAUUUGGGUUUGGAUGUGGAUUUGAAGAGACAAAAGGUGGAUUUACACACAAACAUGUUUAAAAAAUGGAUGCACGCGCUGUGCUGGUAGAUCUUGGCUGUCUCCGAUGAGAAAACCCCUGAUUGGUCCAUAACAGCGAGCAGGAAGUGUUGACCCUGUCCUUCCUCCAGCUGGGCACUAUGGGAUCAUCCACACUGGGGAAGGCAGCAUCACUGGAUGCUCUCUUAAAUGAAUGCAUUCAUGCAUUUGAUGACAAUGGGGAACUGCAGGCCAACUUGAUCCCUCGCAGCCUGCUGCUGAUGCAUCGCUGGUACAUCACAUCCUCAGAACUGGCGGGAAAACUACUGAUGAUGUACCGUGACUGCAAAGGUGACAACUGCCAGAGAACCAAGCUGAAGAUUUGUUAUUUAAUGAGGUACUGGAUUGUGACAUUUCCUGCAGAGUUCAACCUGGACCUGGGUCUGAUCCGGAUGACAGAGGAGUUCAGAGAUGUGGCUGCUCAGCUUGGCUGUGAUGAGCAUUUCAAGCUCCUCGACAUCUCCACCAUUCCAUCUUAUGACUGGAUGCGUAAGUUGACCCAGCGUAAGAAGCAGGCAAAGAAAGGCAAGGCAUCACUGCUGUUUGACCACCUGGAGCCCAUGGAGCUGGCUGAGCAUCUCACUUUCCUGGAAUUCAAGUCUAUACGGAGGAUAUCGUUUACUGAUUACCAGAGCUACGUUAUCCACGGCUGCCUGGUGGACAAUCCAACUCUGGAGCGCUCCAUCGCUCUGUUCAAUGGAGUGUCACAGUGGGUCCAGCUCAUGGUGCUCAGCAAGCUAACACCUCAGACCCGUGCAGAGGUUAUUACCAAAUACAUCCAUGUUUCUCAGAAACUUCUGCAGCUGCAGAACUUCAACACUCUGAUGGCAGUGGUGGGGGGGCUGAGCCACAGCUCCAUUUCCCGACUAAAGGAGACUCACACUUAUCUGGCUCCAGAAGUUGUGAAGAUCUGGAGCGAAAUGACAGAGCUGGUCUCUUCCAACAACAACUACUCCUGUUACCGAAAGGCCUUUAAUGAAUGCCAGGGCUUUAAAAUCCCCAUCCUGGGUGUGAACCUUAAGGACCUGAUCGCAGUGCAUGUCGUAUUUUCUGACUGGGUUCAUGACAGUAAGAAGAUGAACCUGGUGAAGAUGCAUCAGCUCUACAUCACCUUCAAUGAGUUGGUGUCACUGCAGAGUAUAGUGGCCCAGGUGGAACCCAACAUGGACCUCAUUUACCUGUUAACGCUUUCUUUAGACCUUUACUACACCGAAGAUGAGAUUUAUGAGCUGUCAUUGCUAAGGGAACCACGUAACCCCAAAUCAUUGCCCACCUCUCCAACGACUCCCAACAAGCUCCUGGUCCCACUGGACUGGGCCUCCGGGGUCACCACCAAACCAGACCCUUGUGUGGUCAAUAAACACAUCAGGAAGGUGGUGGAUUCUGUAUUCAGGAAUUAUGACCAUGACCAUGAUGGCUAUAUUUCUCAAGAGGACUUUGAGAGCAUCGCUGCUAAUUUUCCCUUCCUGGACUCCUUCUGCGUUUUGGACAAAGAUCAAGAUGGAUUGAUCAGUAAGGAUGAGAUGAUAGCAUAUUUCCUCCGGGCCAACCCACUGCUCCAGUGUAAGAUGGGUCCAGGUUUCAUCCACAGCUUCCAGGAGAUGACGUACUUGAAGCCCACCUUCUGUGAACACUGUGCUGGAUUUCUCUGGGGAAUCAUCAAACAGGGCUACAAGUGCAAAGACUGUGGUGUUAACUGUCAUAAACAGUGUCGGGAGCUGCUGGUUCUGGCCUGUAGGAAGCUGAUCCGCUCCAGCUCUCUGAGCAGCAUUUCACCAGCCAGACUGACCCACAGCUCACUGCCCAGCAGCCCGGCAGUGCCCACCUGUGGAGAUGAGGAUGAGGUGUUUGCAUUCCCAGUGGUCACAUCAACAGGUCCAGCACUGGACUCUCAGUCCAUCACCCUGAUGACUGGGUCAGCUCAGAGGAUCUCUGUGCGCCUGCAGAGGGCUACCACCAGCCAGGCCACCCAGACCGAUCCCCUGUGGCCCGAACACAACUGGGGGGCCACAGAUGGCGUCUCACACACCUUCCCCAAAAUGAAAUACAGGACUCACAGGAAAACAUCCAAAAGUAAAGGUUUUGUCUGCUGGGAAAACCAGAAGGAGCAGACAGUUUCUGCUUGGUGCAGCAUGGACUCUCGGGAGAAGUCCGCCGUCUCAAGAGAGCUUGUACACAAUGGGAUUACACACAGAGGGAAGGACAGCUGACUUGAUCACUUUGGUGAGGGCCAGUCCCUGGGGUCCAGAGAGCCCCUAGGGGCUUGGACCAGGAAGCUCUUCUGUCUGGCGGACAUUCUGGGCUGCCUGAGGUCCAACUUCAAUGACCUGGAGUUAUCUUGUUCUGUCUAGUCGCCAGCACAAGCAGAGCUACAUGUGGACGCCGUGUAGCUGCAUGAAAGGACUAAAUGUGUGAUCUCUGGCAGAGAUCACAAAAAUGAAACAGAUGAGCUCAGUGGAUAACCCACUGUUAAUUACAUGAAGAGACCUCCACCUUGGCAGCAUAAUUGGCUUGGGAUCAGUGUGGAUUACUAAAAUGUAAUUUAGGUCUGAGUUUGAUUCGGGAUGUACAUAACAUCAGCACUUGAAAAAGUGAAGAAACAUUUUUUAAACUUCACAAUAGUGUGCAAUGGCUUCAGUUUAGUGGAUCAAAGACACACAGUUACUUUUUGUAUGCUAGCUUUUUAAUUCCAGAUUGGGUGCAGCAAGCAACUUCUUGAUGGUCAUUUCCCAAGUUGGAAUGAUUGGAAAAAGCAUGAUGGAUAUGGGAGAGUGUGUAUAUAUGUGUAUGGCGAGUUAAAUAAAGGGAAAGUCUAAAUGAAAGUGAAUUUUAAGGGCAUCCAACGUAUACAACUUUGAAGAUUGACGGUUCUGAAAAACUUUGGAUUCUGUUAAAUGUUUCUGAGUGUUCAUUGCUAAUGUUUUUAAUGUAUUGCCUCUCUCUCCUCUGUUGUCCUCCUGCUGAACCUUUUAUCAGCCUUUGACACAGUAAACCACCAGAUCCUCCUCUCCAUCCUCCAAGAACUGGGAGUCUCAGACUCGGCACUCUCCCUGUUCCAAUCCUACCUCAAAGGCCGAAUUUAUAGGGUAACUUAUAGAAGAUCUGUGUCUGAACCUUGUAGCGUCACUACUGGGGAACCUCUGGGUUCUGUUCUAGGUGUCAUCCUCUUUUAUCUGUACAGCAAGUUACUGGGCUCUCUUAUUCCCUCACAUGGCUUUUCAUAUACAGCUAUGCAGAUGACAAACAACUAAUUCUGUCCUUUCCAUGGUCUUGAAAACCCAGGUGGCUGACAUCUCUCAGUGGAUGUUGACACACAACUUGAAGCUCAAUCUGGAUAAGACUGAGCUGCUCUUUCUUCCAGGGAAGGCAUCUCCCAUCCACAACCUCUCCAUUAACAUGGAGAACUCUGUGGUGUCUGCGGCUUGGACUGCAAGGAACCUGGGUGGGACACUGUUUGACUAACUGUCCUUUGCAGCCAAUAUUGCUGUGAUAACCCGCAGCUGCAUAUGCUCACAACAUCAGGAGGAUAGGUCCGUUCCUCACCUAGAAAGCGACACAGGUUCUGGAUCAGGCUGUUAACAUCGUGUUGUCAAGACUACUGUAACCCCCUCCUGGCUGCUCUACCAGCAAGUGCCAACCAACCUCUGCAGCUUCUCCAGAAUGCAGCAGCCUAGCUGGCUUUCACCCUACCCAACUUCACUUCACUUUGAUGAAUUUUAUCUACUUGCAUGAUUCUUGCAAUUUCUGGGUGGCAUCUUCAUGGGUGAAUGCGCUUACUGUAAGUUGCUUUGGAUAAAAGCAUGAACUAUAUGAAUGUAACGUAAUGUAAUUAAUACAACAUCUAUACCUGA